CCAUUUUCCUCCAGCGAGGGAGAGAGUCGCGAGCGUAUAGUGGUGCGGUCAUCGGUCAUCGUUUUUCGUCGGAUCGAGCGGAUUUCGGGAGCGCGGGGCGUCGGGCGGGCGCGCGGGAGCGCUCAGGUGUCCCAGGAACGCAGCGGUGCGGCCGGCGGAGCUCCAGCCUGUGCUCGCGGGCCCGAGGGAGCGAGAGAGAGACACCGCGGCGGCGGCGGCGGCGGCGGCGGCCGAGAGCGAGUCUCGACUCGAGCGGACCCAGAGAGACCCUUCGGUCGCCUCUCGACAGAGGCCCCGGCGAGACGGUGGAGAGCCUCCCGGGCGAGCAGCCGCCAGAGGCCGCCUGCGCCCGGUGACACGGCUCGCGCCGCCCGGACGCGGGCGCCACCGGGGAACGGGGGCGCAUCCGCCGCCACCAGCACCGUCACCACGGCCAGGGACGACUGCGCGAGUCGCCUCCGACAGGUGACGGUAUUCCAAGAGUCGUGAUGUAUUGGGCAUUCGGCGGUCCCUGUUCAAAAGCCGACGGAAAGUCAACGCUGCGGAAACAGUUUGUGUGACGAAGCAUCGGAGCGUGCCGACGAGUACCGCAAGAACAGUUGAGAGAGAGAAGUGAUUUUUCUCUAGCCUGGAAGUAGGAGUGAGCGGACUUUCUUAGAGAACGAGAGUAAUAGUGGGGGUCAUUAAAAUUGGGGGGGCUGUCUGACCGAUGGACAAACGGAAGAUGAUGCCCAAACGCCCUCGAAUGGAGAACCUGAGGGGUCCGAUCGCCAAUGGACCCAUUCAGACACGGCCGCUGGUGGCGCUGUUGGAUGGACGGGAUUGCUCUAUUGAGAUGCCCAUCCUAAAAGACGUCGCGACUGUAGCUUUCUGCGAUGCACAGUCCACCUCUGAAAUCCACGAGAAGGUCCUAAACGAAGCGGUGGGUGCACUCAUGUGGCACACCAUAAUCCUGACUAAAGAAGACCUCGAGAAAUUCAAAACGUUACGAAUCAUCGUGAGAAUCGGUUCGGGGGUGGACAACAUCGAUGUCAAAGCUGCCGGUGAGCUUGGCAUCGCGGUGUGCAAUGUGCCUGGCUACGGGGUCGAAGAAGUGGCGGACACCACCCUCUGUCUCAUACUGAACCUGUACCGACGUACGUACUGGCUGGCAAAUAUGGUUCGUGAGGGGAAAAAAUUCACCGGGCCAGAACAGGUUAGGGAGGCUGCUCAAGGGUGUGCAAGGAUACGGGGCGACACCUUGGGUAUCGUAGGAUUAGGCAGAAUUGGCUCGGCGGUCGCAUUGCGUGCGAAAGCUUUCGGCUUUAAUGUCAUCUUCUACGAUCCGUACCUGCCGGACGGCAUCGAGAAGUCCCUUGGCCUCACCAGGGUGUACACGCUACAGGAUCUGCUGUUCCAGUCGGAUUGCGUCUCUCUGCAUUGUACCUUGAAUGAACACAAUCAUCACCUAAUUAACGAGUUCACCAUCAAACAGAUGAGACCAGGAGCGUUCCUGGUGAACACAGCCCGAGGCGGCCUGGUGGACGACGACGCCCUCGCCGCGGCGCUUAAGCAGGGGAGGAUCCGCGCGGCCGCCCUCGACGUCCACGAAAACGAGCCGUACAAUGUCUUUCAGGGUCAGUCCGCGCAAUGUCCGCUGAAGGAUGCCCCGAAUCUUCUCUGCACGCCCCACGCCGCGUUCUACAGCGACGCUAGUUGCACGGAACUCCGCGAGAUGGCGGCCAGCGAGAUACGGCGGGCCAUCAUGGGCCGCAUUCCCGAUUGCCUGCGGAAUUGCGUCAACAAGGAGUACUUCCUCUCGUCCACUGGCAGCUACUCGGAGGGGAUCAACGGCGGCAACUACUACGCAGGGGCGCUACCCGUCCAGCAGGCCCACUCGACGACCCCCCACGACUCGGCGCCCCCACCCCCCGGGGGCCACUCGGUGGGGGGCGGCGCGGGCGCCGGGGCCGGGGGUGGGCCCAACUCGUCGGCGGGCGGCGGCGGCGCCGGCGGCCCCCAGGGGCCCGCGGGCCCCGCGGUCGGCGUCGGCGGGGCCGGGGGCCCCGCCUCGACCACUCCCGCCGCCGCCCUCACCGGCGGACUGCCCCACAGCAUAGUCAGCGAGCCCGACCCCCGGCCCAGCCCCCCCGCUCCCAGUCCCCGUUGACCUUGAACCCCCCCCGAACCACCCGCCGCCACCGCACCGACCGCCCUCCGACCCGCUGACCUGCCCUGACCAACGACGCACCACCUGUGACGCGCGACCACCUUCGGCGGCCUCACCGACCGGGAUGCGCGCGGCUGACUGCGCGACGGGGAUCCUCACCGGAAGGGUUGCGGGGCCUCGCCUAAAGGGUUGCGCGCGCCCGACUGCGCAUGGGGUCCUUACCGAAUGGGCUGCGCAUGACCGACUGCACAUGGGGUCCUCACCGGAUGGGCUGCGCAUGACCGACUGCGGGAGGGGACUGCGCGCGGCCGACUGCGCGACGGGGACCUCGUCGGAAGGGCUGCGCGCGACCGACUGCGCGAGCGGGCUGCGCAUGACCGACUGCGCGCGCUCGAGUUCAGUCGCGGCUGAUCCAGUAGGCGGCGACCACCGGCCGGGAACGGGUCGGCGCGGGGGUCGCUCCGGGACCGUCUCGGCCGACCCUGGAGACGGGAGGAUCUCCGGGCCCCCUGGACUGGCUCCUAAGGCCCACGAGAGGGUGUAGCUUUGCGGAUGCUGCGGAUUCGUUCGGAUGACGAGACACAUCUCCUUCGGUCGAGAAAGAGAGAGAGGGACGGAUUCGUUCAGUCACUGAGGAACAAAGGAACGCGACGAAUUGCGUGCGAGUGAGAACGCGUGCGAGAUAGAAUUUCGAGGUUAAAUAGAGAGAAGCACUAUGGAGAGCGAUAUUAAUAGUUAAAUAAAGGAAGGGAAAGUCUUUCGGUAGAGAGAGAGGGAGAGAGAGAGGGAGAGAAAGAGAUUAGUAUGGAAGGCUCGGUUUUUUUUUUCUUUUUUUCCCCCCCUUUUUGUUUAGCAAGACGUACACAUAUCCGAUAUUCAGUUUUUCCUUCUUUUUUCUUCUUUUCGGUUUUUCCCCGCCCCUUGUCAAUUUUCUUCCUCUCGAGCCGCUCACUGACGUUGGUCUCUCCUCUCUGGGAAGGUGUAUUAUAUAUAUAAACAAAUUGUAAGCGCGAGACGGAGGUCCUUUUGCCUCUUGGAUUUUUCACCCCUCCCUUCCCACCCCACCCGUCUCUCUCUUCUUUUUUUUUUUCUAUUUUAAUAUUUCGAUCGGUCGCUCUCAAUUUUACCGCCGGCAGAUUUAAACCGAGCGACAUUUUCAGAGGGAACGAAGGAGAGCCGAGCAAGCGAAAUGGAAAUCAUUCCGAUGGUGCGCGGCAUUAAUCUUUCUUUUCGGAGUUUCGGCCGAGGGGCCACGACUCGCGUGGACGUGCGUGCGAGCGAGACGGAGGUACCUCUAAGACCGCGCGUGCGAGAGAGACGAAGAUACACCUAGGUUCCAUUUGACAUGGUGUGUGGAUGCUUAUCGCGAACUAGGGAAUCGUUAAAAAGGAAGAAAAGAAAUUGUACGAGAAUGAGAAUUCCCACCGGAAAUCGAGUUUUUGGGCUACGGUGUUAAUGUAAAACUUGUCGAAGUGGCCGUGUAAAUGUCAAUAAAACGUGUGAAUGGAGACCCAGGUGUAUGUCUAACUCACAGAGACAACUCUGAGGAAAUAGUGGAGCGCUCUCGCUUAUCGACACCUUAUCGGCAUAUCUGGAGAAUUCUUACGUGAUUGAAUUCGAAAUUAGGCGACAAUAGUUACUUCUGUAAUUGGCUGCGAGGAUUGGUACGAGGAGUGAUUAUAUUAAGUGACUUCUUCGUCGGUAAACGGCACGCGGUGUUUCUAUUGACUUCUUUUUUUUUUUUUUUGCAAUAAAUAAGGACCUCGAUUUAAGCCGGCUCUAUCGCGAUUGUGCGCGCCCUGGCGGAUAUUGGUUAAAGCUCUCCUUGAUUUUCUUCUCUUUUAUCGAGGGCUCAAGGUUAAGCUCGUUGGAUCAGCCGCGACGCGCAUGCGCGCGCGAGAGAGAGACGGAACGACACGAUGCAUCACACGUUCAAACAUGGCGAAGGAAACGGAGGAGCGCGGGCAGUAUUUUAGGAUUUCCUUUCUUUUUUUUUUUUUUAAACUAGGAAAACGCGAAUUGUGUCUCUCACCCUGGCAGAAUUUCAGCUUACGUUCCCUCGGUUUGCGAUUGCAAUUGCAGUUAUGUCUCUAACACUCGGUGGCCUUGAAUGCAGCUCACUUCUCGCAAUUGAACACUUACGGGCAGUGGCUCUCAUCUCGCUCAGAUAGCAAUUGCAAUUGCAGGGAAAGUGAGAAACAAACCGCGUACUCCUCUUCCUUUCGCGUAUUCUUUUCCUUCUUCGUCCGUUCCCCUUCUUCAUUUUUUUUUGUCCUUUUCGAUAUAAUUAGUUAUAAAUACUGGAUUACACACAUAGAGAGAGAAAGAGAGAGCGAGUGAGUCGACGCGUGCCAGAGCGAGAGAGAAAGAGAGAUACCGCGAACAAGCUAGCGUAAGUAAGAGCGAGACGGACACACGUGUAAAUGGGAUAUGACGAUAAGGGAGUGCGCAUGCGCGAGCCAGAUAGAGAGAGAGAGAGGGGGGGGGGAAAUCGUGCGACAGAGAUGGAAAACACGAGAGACUCUGAAUUGUUCUUAUAUAUAGUUUUAAUUGCGAAGCGCGAGAGAGAGAGAAAGAGAGAGGAUGAGAAACAGGGAUAAUGGGAUAAUUAAUCGCAAUUAAUUUGCGUCGCCGUUUCUAGAGAGAAAGUGUGAGUGAGAGAGAGAAAGGUAGCUCCUUAUCGCCCGUCGAUCGUCUUUCCGGAGAGAUGAAGAGAGAAUGACGGAGAGGGAAAACCCGAGGAAAGCGAGAAAGCGGAAAUGAAAAUCCGAGAUUAACCUUCGUGAAAGGCCUCCUUCCUUAAACCACGAUUCUUCCCUCCAGGAAUCAGCCUGUCGAUUCCUGGAAAGAUAUUUAAACGGCGUGGAGAGAGCGAAA